AAUUUAACAUUGUAUCAACUUCCGGGAAACUGGAGGUUACUGGAUAGGAUAGCGGAUAGAAUUUGGUAACGUCGUAAAGCCUAUGGCUAAUGUUAAGUCAUAAAUCAUAGGCUACGACUUCUUUUAAAAAUGACUCACGCCAUUACAAGAGUAUCUUCAUCGUUGAACAAGUUUGUUUUAAAGGGUGCAAACAGAUACUGUUUGGCUCCAUGUGUAACUUCGCCCAUUCAAGUUGCCAAUCUUACCGCAUACGGUGGAAAUCCACCAAAAAGAGAAAAACCAUGGCCUUACAAGGAAAAAGGUUUUAGAUAUUGGCAUAUACCCUUCGAUUUAGCAGCCCGUCGUUUCAACGAAAAUACUAAAAUAAUUGUUAUUGAGGGAAAUCUUGCAACAGGCAAGACUGAACUAGGACAGAAAUUAGCUAAGGAAUUUGACAUGUUAUAUGUACCUGACAUACGCAAUGCAGAGAUGUGUGACACAAUACCAGCAAAAGGCAUAGAUUUAAGGGAAUACGAUGAGCAGCUGCCAGUGAAAGCUCGCACAUGUGAUUUUGAAAAGUUCUACUCAAAAAAAGGGUCAAAAAAAGAGUUGGAGAAUUUUCCAAGAAUACAGUAUGAACUCUACAGACAAAAAGUGUACAGAUAUGCACACAACAUAUUAGCUCAUGUGCUAAACACAGGUCAAGGUGUAGUGAUGAGUCGAGGAAUGUGGUCUGAUAUGGUGUUUGCUCACACACUGACAAGACAAGGCUACAUGAGACCUGCAGCUUUAAAAGCCUACAUGUUUCAGUAUACAAACUCCACUGUUUACUUUUGUCGCCCUCACUUGGUCAUCUAUCUUGACGCACCCGUGAGCACUAUUAAAGAUAGGAUUAAAAAAAGGAAUGUGCCAUGGGAAGUGAACAGUCCUGUUUUGACAGAUGAUUUCCUUCAUACAGUUGGUGAUGUCUACAAAACACAAUAUCUUCCAUCAAUGAAGAAAAAUUCAUUGAUUUUAAACUACAAUGUAAAAGAGAUGCCAGAUUUUGAAGCUAUUGUUGAAGACAUGGAAAGACUUGAUCUAGAUGAUGCACCAUUUGAAAAUGACAAACUUUUUGAGGACUGGAGAAAUUUGGCGAAUGGAGACUGGAACCACUAUCGCAAUCUUUGUUCAGUACAACGUUCAAACAAGAUUGCUGAAAUCUUUGAUUUUCAUCCUCACCAGAAGUAUGAUGCCCCGGAACUGUUUUUAGAUCAAGGAGAUGCAGAGGCUUUUAGAGAAAUAGUUUUGUCUGAUCCUAAAUGUCUGUAUUCAAAAGAAAUAAUCAAGAACGGUCAAUUGGCUGUAUAUUAGAUUUUUGGAAACUGAAAUAGAGACAUCAGGCCUAUCUUCAAAAUCCUCUUUUAAGGAUUUUUACUGAUUUUUUUUUAAUAAAAGGCUGAAUUGUAUCUUAUUUAAAUAGAAUAAAACAUUUUUGUUCUUU